AUGGGCGCACAGCAGUCCUCGAACCAGCAAAAGCCCAGCCAGCAAGGGGAUGCCGGAGGCCCCCAUGUGAAGACCUGUUAUUAUGAGUUACUCGGCGUGGAUCGCCAGGCCAGCGAUGAUGAGAUCAAGAAAGCGUACAGAAGGAAGGCCUUAGAGCUGCACCCCGAUCGAAAUUACGGAGAUGUUGAAGAUUCCACCCGACUAUUUGCAGAGGUUCAAUCAGCGCACCAGAUUUUAUCUGAUCCCCAAGAACGAGCCUGGUAUGACUCCCACCGAGAUGCGAUACUUCGAGAUUCCGAUAUUGGGGCUGGCGACCACUUCGAACACGAUAUGCGGUUCACUAGCGCCACGGACCUGACUAUUCUGAUGGGGAAAUUCUCGCCGAAUAUGCCCUUCACAAACAGCUUGGACGGCUUCUAUGGAAGGCUUCAGUCCGUGUUUGAAGCCCUCACAAAGGAAGAAGAUGCUGCAUGCAACUGGGAAGGCCUGGACCCGAUCGACUACCCGGACUUUGGGGCUGCUGAAUCUAGUUAUGACCAUGUCGUCAAGCCGUUUUAUGUUGCAUGGGCCAGCUUCUCAACGAGAAAGUCAUUCUCAUGGAAAGACGUGCACAAUUAUGCGGAUGCUCCUGAUCGUCGAGUUAGACGACUGAUGGAAAAAGAGAAUAAGCGUCUACGAGACGAAGGAAUCCGGGAGUUUAAUGAUGCUGUAAGGUCGCUCGUAGGCUUUGUGCGGAAACGGGAUCCUAGAUACAUCCCAAACACACAGUCCGAAGCUGAUCGACAACAAGCACUGAGAGAUGCGGCAGCAGCUCAGGCUGCUCGCUCGAGAGCUAUGCGCGAAGCAAAGCUAAACGAACACGUCCAACCUGCAUGGGCACAAACUCGCUACGCUGAAGAGGAGGGAACCUUCUCGGACUCUGAAGCAUCAGAAGAGGAAGUAGUAGAAUGUGUUACGUGCAACAAGAUUUUUAAGAGCGAGAAACAGUAUGAAGUCCAUGAAAAAAGCAAAAAGCAUAUCAAGGCCGUUCGAGAAUUAACACGGCAGAUGCGGAAGGAGAAUAAACUCUUCCAUUUGGAUACACCAGUUGAUGCUGCGCUUCAAUCUAUCCCAGAGAAUUCUGAUUCCGAGGCCUCAUUUCACUCAUUGCAAGAUGCUACUGAUGACGACAUUAUACCUGUUGUUGGAAUUGACAAGGCUGAUCCUGAGAUUGGUGCUGGCAACGACGACCUUACUGGCUCUGACCCGUCUCCGAAGGAGAAUGAAGCGGACCGCGGCCCUAUAGAAGAAUCUACUACGCCGGCAAUACCAGAAGAUGGCACGGAUGAUGAUGAUUAUGCACCCAGGGAGCAGGUGGAGGAUAGGAUAUCUGGGCUUCCCAACCAGGAAAGGCCGAAAACAGAUGGUUAUAUAAAACCAAAUGUAGUCGGCAAUGAGACACGGGCACUCGAUAACAUCUUAAUUUCUAGCGACAGAGGUACAGACGAACCCCCCACGGAAGAAAAUAAGAAGCUUGGGAAAGCAAAGGCGAAACGUGCAAAAAAGGCCGCCCGCCAGCAGGCCGAGGAUGAUACCCAAAAUAAUACAUGCGCUACCUGUAAUAGCUCCUUCAGUUCUAAAAACAAGCUCUUCGAUCACAUCAAGGCAGAGAAGCAUGGCCUGCUUGUUCCAAAGCCGAAGACUGGUGGCCGCCGCAAGACAUCCCACUGA